CCGUUCAUAUUAAAAACUUCAUAAACGGGCAGCUUAUCAAGAUCUGCCCGCCGUCCCCUGUUACAAGCCCUAGCUCUCUUUCUCUCUCCUCUUUGUAAGUUCAUUCUCUCUCUAAAUUGGAUUCAUCUCUUCCUCUCUCAUUAAUUUGUUCGCUCAUUUUGAUUUGUUAUCAUCAGAUCUUGUUCUUAAGAUUUGCAGUAAAAAUGGGGCUUUCAUUCACGAAGCUGUUCAGUAGGCUAUUCGCGAAGAAAGAGAUGAGGAUAUUGAUGGUGGGUCUCGAUGCGGCUGGUAAGACCACCAUUUUGUAUAAGCUCAAGCUGGGUGAGAUUGUUACCACCAUUCCUACCAUUGGGUUCAAUGUUGAAACCGUGGAAUACAAGAACAUCAGCUUUACUGUGUGGGAUGUUGGAGGUCAGGACAAGAUUCGACCAUUGUGGAGACAUUACUUCCAGAACACCCAAGGACUCAUCUUUGUUGUGGAUAGCAAUGAUCGUGAUCGUGCUGUUGAGGCAAGGGAUGAGCUGCACAGGAUGUUGAAUGAGGAUGAGUUGAGGGAUGCCGUCCUCCUUGUGUUUGCCAACAAGCAAGAUCUUCCAAAUGCAAUGACUGCCGCGGAGAUCACUGAUAAGCUUGGUCUACACUCCCUCCGUCAGCGUCAUUGGUAUAUCCAGAGUACUUGUGCCACUUCUGGUGAAGGUCUUUACGAGGGUCUGGACUGGCUGUCCAACAACAUUGCCAGCAAGGCUUAGAUGACCGAUGACGAGGUCUGGCUGGCUUAAGCUUAGGAUGAUGAGUAUAUGUUUGGAUUUUGCAGCACCUGUUUAAAUGUUUAAUUGGGUUGGGAGAUGAUGAUAUUGAGCUUUUGAGCUUUGGUUUUUAUUUGCUAUGUUAAAGAAUCACAGUAGUGAUUGUGUUUAAUGUGAUUAUGCUUAUGAAGGUUUUGUUAUGAUCAUAGAAAUUGCUACUAUAUGAUAAAUCAAUACUUUUGUAGAUUCAGAAUAACUAAAAAUGUAUCUCAGGAAAGAGUUUGUUUCAUGUUGA